AAUAAAUCGUACGUUUGCAUUUUAAAUUAAGCUGCCGAAAAGGCCGCCAGUUCAAGGAAUCCCUCUUUAUUCAAAUGGAGCUGUACGAGAAGAACUUGAAAGAAUGGAUACUGGAAUAUCAAAAGAAUGAAUCCACUCAGAAUGGAGUUAUUAUGAACAUUAUUCAUCAACUAUUGGAUGGAGUUAUCUACAUUCAUCAGAACAAAAUGAUUCAUCGGGACCUGAAGCCAGCAAAUAUCUUCCUUAAAGGAGAGAUCAUAAAGAUUGGUGACUUUGGUCUUGUUACAACGAUGAAUGAGCAGGAAUCACUGACCAGACACGUUGGGACACCUUUAUACAUGAGUCCAGAACAGCUUUCAGGCGAGGACUAUAACCACAAAGUCGACAUCUAUGCACUGGGGCUGAUAUUCUUUGAGCUUCUGUUCAUGUGCCAUGGGACUGCAAUGGAAAAAAGCAAGAUUUGGAAUGAUGUCAGAAAGGGAAGCUUCCCUUCAUGCUGUCUGAAGGACCCUGAAGUCAAGAUUUCGAUAAUCCAAAAAAUGCUCUCUCAGGCUGCGAGUGAGAGACCAGAAGCAAAUGAAGUCAAGGAGAAUCUGGAACUUUGAAUCUUACAAAGCAAUCAAAAAGCUUUUCCAGAAAUCUGCAGUGAGAGGACUUUUCCCAGAUAGCACACUAGAAUUGAGAAGUCAAUGGGUUGGUCACUGCUAGUCCUAACGAUCAAAAUUCAAUAGAGCAAUCUUUGAAACUUAAUACUAUCAGAACGCAUAGAAUGUUACUUUGUCUGCUAAUUGGAUCACUGUAAAGAACCUAGAUUUAAUCUAAUGUUGUGAAUGCCUGGCCAAAUUACAUGGUCUGCUCUCAAGUUUCUUGGCCAGGUAUUUUGUGGGGUUUCUUCAGAACCGUAAGGUGCCCCUUUAUAACCAAGAAGUACUUUUUAACUGAUGGUCACUGUUAUAAUGAAUGUGGUGACCAAUUUGCAUACAGUGAGAACCCAUGAACAGCAACAAUGACUAAACCAGCUGUUUGACUGCUGUUGAACGAGAGUUAAGUGUCAGUCAGUACUAAGGCAUAUGCUCAGAACUCAAUUUUCAGAGAUAUGCAGGUGAUAAAGACCUCAGGAAUUUCAGGCUGUUUUAUCAGAGUUGAAAAACUGCAGAGAUCUCUUUGGGAGAGUAAAGUGGAGGGCAGCACAGCAAAGGGUCAGCCGUGGGAGUAACUGGAUGGUUGGGUGGUUGAAGUUGAGUUGUAGUGUGAGGAUCGUAUAAGACAGAUACGUGUGAGCUCCUGGUGAGAGCAGCUGCAAGCAACAACACCAGUCAUUUUGUCCCUAUUAGCUUUGAAGAUGUUUUCUCAGACUUUCAGAGGAGCCAAACUGUUUCUUCACAGUACAGAGUGAGGAAAUUGGCCCCGUCCGUCAGUGUGUUGGUGUGAAUUUGAAAUGCACAAGCAGCCCUUCACUAGUAAGUCUCUGUUGUAUAUGUCUGUUGGUGUUGGCCAUGGUUCAUGUAUAGCCUGAGAAUGCAUAGCAUUCUCCCCUCUCAGUCAGGGACUUGAGGACAAAUCACUUUGUGCUGCUGGAGGUGAACUGGGCUCUGUCUAUCUGCCUAGGUAGACAACAAAGGAGAGGGGGAGUUCUCCUGACCCCUCAGCUAAGAUUGCUAGAACAAAUUAUCUGUUUAUUAUCACGUUAUGGGAAUUUUCUGUGUCCAAAAUGGCCACCAUAGUUCCUGCACUAUGACAGUGACUGCACUUCAAAACAUUUAUAACUCUGCACUCUUCUCUGUCUGAGUUUAAUGAUUCCACCAUUGAUGGCCAUUCAUUCAACUGCCUGGAUCCAGCGCUCUGGAAUUCCGUGGCUCACACUGCUCUGUCUCUCCUUUUAAGGUAGUUCUUUUGACCAUGGACUUGAGUAAAGCCUCUUACAAGGUUCCACAUGGUAAUUGGUAAAGUUUGUAAGUUUACUCGCUGAGCUAGUAGAUUUCUUCUCAGACGUUUGUCACCAUGCUAGGUAAUACCAUCAGUGAGCCUCCGAUGAAGCACUGGUGUUCUGUCCAACUUUCUAUUUAUGUGCCUUGGUCUGUUGUGGUGGGUGAUACCAUCUCCGGUUCUUUUUCUGAGAGGUUGGUAACUGGGGUCCAAAUCAUUGUGUUGAUUGAUGGAGUUCCGGUUUGAAUGCCAGGUGUCUAGGAAUUCUCGUGCAUGUCUUUGUUUAGCACUGUCCCA